CUUUUAAUAAAUAUUUAUACUUUUCAAUAAAAAAAUUAAUUUUUUUAUGAAUGUUUAAAUUAUAUUAAGAAAAAAAAUUAAGGAUAGUUGAAAAAAAAUUAUUUGAACUUGGACUCAAUGGCCCAAAGGAAAAAAAAUGUGAGAAUUUGAUCUGAUUUCUUAAUCGGCCCAAAUGGCCCAAGAGAGAUCUGAUGUGGGCUGGAUCAAAAAAAAAACCCAAUAUAAAUGUGUUAUUAAAAUUACUUGAUUAUCCUUAAUGAAACAUGCAAUGUUAGUAAAGAAAGGGCAGUCUAAGGUAAUUUUUAAAAUAGGAUCCUGCUUUAAUAGUAUAGAUUAAAGCUAAAGACCCUUAAAAAAAUCUAGUUUUUGUAAAGAAAAGUAAUGCGACAAAAUGCUGGGUCAGGGCAACCAUGUAAGUCUUAUUGUAAUUGUGGUGAAUUAUAACUUCUAAGUAUAUCUUCAAAUUUCUCUACGUUAAUCCACUUGUUUGUAGUUGUAAAAAACCUCUCCCCAAUUCAACUACGACAACAAAAGUCAUUAACAUAGAAGAAAAAAUCAACUAGGACAAGUCACUAAGUUUGUGGUUGUGUGUGUGAGAGAGGGAGUGAAGUGUCAAAAGCUACGACCCAACUAAUCAUCCACCGAUCACUUACGGUCAGAGAAUUCAACAAAGUUUGGAUAUAUACGGUUCUCAAUCUUUCCUUUUAUAUAUUAUUCAUCUUUCUUUAUCCUCUUCUAAGCAAACAUCUCGAAAUGGAUCGCGGUCCAUAAUAGAUUGUCAACGGGUGAUCGUUUGCUGAAGUGGAACCCUCAAGCUAUGUCUACUUGCUGGCUCUGCAAAUCUGCUGCAGAAACCAGAAAUCACCUGUUCUUCGAAUGUACGUACUCUGAGGUAGUUUGGCGAGGAACUAUCAAAGACUUGGCAGGCUUGGGAGUUUCGAGCAAGUGGAGUCGUCUGAUUAGGAAGCUGGAAACUGGACUGCAGAACAGAACCCUGACCUUUCUGUUUAGAUACUGUUUCCAAGCUUUGGUCUAUGCCAUUUGGUUUGAGAGGAAUGCACGACGCGUGGGAGAGCCUCCAAAGCCAGCUUCUCUUCUGAUUCUCUACAUAGAUAAGCUGGUUAGGAACAGAAUCUCGUCGCUACGCAGACCAGGGUGGAAGCACGAGAAAGCAAUGGAAGCAUGGUUCGGGAGGAGAUGAGAAUCCAUUUUCUUUUUUCCUUCACAAAGGCUAUUAAAAUUUUGAUCCUAUGUAUAUAACAAUAAGCAUUAGGUUGUACAAAGGUUUUUUGAAGUGAAUAAAUUUAAAAUUCUUUCAAAAAAAAAACAUCUCGAAAUAGAAAAUAAGAAAAUGGGGACCAAAACCUCGGUCGAUCCUUUUAUGGAGCGCAAAGCUUUCGACGAGACGAAAGAAGGUGUAAAAGGGCUGGUCGAUGCAAAAAUCACUGAAGUCCCUCGUAUCUUCCAUGUCCCCAGAGAUUCCUUGGCUGACAAGAAACCCUCUGUUUCAGACCUAGAGAUCCCUAUCAUCGACUUUGCAAGCGUCCACGUCGACACAGCGUCACGUGAAGCCGUGGUAGAGAAGGUUAAACACGCGGCGGAGAAGUGGGGAUUCUUCCAGGUGAUCAAUCAUGGUGUUCCUUUGAACGUUCUUAAAGAGAUUGAAGAUGGUGGUCGUAGGUUUCAUGAGGAAGAUCCUGAUGUCAAGAAACGAUACUUCUCGCGUGAUCUCGCCAUCAAAAACUUUGUCUACAAUAGUAACUUCGAUCUAUACGGUUCAUCACCAUCUGUUAACUGGAGAGAUACUUUCGCUUGUUACAUAGCUCCAGCUCCUCCAACUCCUGAUGAACUCCCAGUGACUUGCAGGGAUGCUAUGUUCGAAUACUCAAAACAUGUGAUGAGUUUAGGUAGUUUACUCUUUGAGCUUCUCUCAGAAGCACUAGGUUUGGAACCUGAUAUCCUGAAGAGCAAGGAGUGCUUGAAGAGUUUGCUUAUGCUCUGCCAUUAUUACCCACCUUGUCCACAACCUGACCUAACUUUGGGGACAAGUAAACACUCAGACAACUCCUUCCUCACCAUUCUUCUUCAAGACAACAUCGGUGGUCUACAAAUUCUUCAUCAAGACUCUUGGGUUGAUGUGGCUCCUCUUCCUGGAGCUCUCAUUAUCAACAUUGGAGAUUUCUUGCAGCUGAUAACGAACGAUAAGUUUAUUAGUGUGGAUCAUAGGGUGCUUGCGAAUAGACAAGGACCAAGGAUUUCAGUUGCAAGUUUUUUUAGCUCAAGUAAACGUGCCAAUUCCACAGUCUAUGGACCAAUGAAAGAGCUUGUGUCUGAAGAAAACCCUCAAAAGUACAGAGACAUAACCAUAAAAGAAUACACAGAUGGAUACACUGAGAAAGGACUGGAUGGAACAUCAUAUCUCAUGAAUUUGAGGAUAUGAAAACAAAACUACAUACAGAAAAAUAAAAUUAUGGUGUUUCUUAGAACCAUAUCACCAUUUUCUUGGAUCUGCAAUAAUUAAACCAGUGUACCAAAUAGCAUGUGUGUGCAGUGUGCGUAUUUAUGUGUCAUACAGUACUAUAUUUGUAUCUUUAUACUUUAGUCAUAUGUAUAAGACUAUAUAUGGACCUUUCUACUGUAGUCAUAUGUAUCAUACAGAAGUGAAGUGCAUUGCACGAAUUGGUCAUAAGAACAUCAAGGCUUAGCAGGGGACAAGAGGUGCGAGCCUAAGAUGUGUUCUAAUAA